AUGUUGCAAGUCAAGCGGACUCGUAGUAUCACAGCAGCCUGUUCAAAAGAGACGAUAUCAAAAAGGCGUAAAACAAUCGAACAGGUCCAGCAAAAGGGCAAAGAAGACACGCUUCCCACAGUACAAUCAGCAUUGAAACUCCAUGCGAUACGUCAACCAUACAACGUUUCGACCGACCACCCUCUUCCAAGCAUUCAGCACGACAGCGAACUCCUAGUAAAAGUGCAAGCUGUAGGCCUCAACCCAAUCGACUGGAAAGCACCCGACUACAACUUCGGCAUCCCAACCCUCCCCUACAUAUCCGGUCGGGAAUACAGCGGCACAGUCCUCCUCACCCCAGCAACAGCCUCGUCUCGCAUCAAAAAAGGCGACCGAGUCCUUGUCCCCUCAACCGACUAUCGCGACCCACGCAAAGCCGCAUACCAGUACUACAGCAUCGCAUCCACCUUCAACACCAUUCGCCUGCCUCCCAACCUCUCCCUCAAUUCAGGCAGUAUCCUAGGUGUAGCUUUUGUCUCCGCCGCCCUCACACUAGGAAUAUGUCUCGGCCUCGAUUUCUCCGACAUUGAGGACGGGCCUGACAUUCUCGGUAUUGUACGAAAUCUGGAUUCGGAGGCUAUACUGGGUGAUAUACGACAAGAAUGUUUCCAUAGCAUUGGCGUCAAAGAACGUAUCAAGGCCGGAGAUAAUCUGGUUAUAUGGGGCGCGGGAUCGGUGUGCCAAACUGCCGACUCCGCCGUCAACACCGCAUACACCCGUUUCUACGGCGCAGCGAUCUCAUCUCGUGGGCUUGACGGGUCUGCCAAAGGAUGA